UGUCUCCUUUCUUUCCCCUUUGCUCCUAUCCUUGUGCCUCCCCUGCACCCGCAGACUAUCCAAUGGCACCUUCACCAGCUUGCCAUGACGCUCUGGGAGAGGGAGCAGAAGCUGCAGGAGGCUGCUGGUGAGGAACAAAAGGCAAGUCCUGCAGCUGAGGGAGAGGAGGAAGGAGCUCCUGCAGCAGAGGAGGAGAAGGAAGAGGGAGCUCCUGGAGUACAACAAGCUCCUGCAGAAGAGGUGCAGAAGGAAGAGGGAGCUCCAGGAGAACAGCAAACUCCUGCUGCUGAGGAGAAGAGAGAGCAGGGAGCCCCUGGGGAACAGCAAGCUCCUGUAGCUGAGGAGGAGGAGAAGGAGGAAAGAGCUCCAAAACAACAGCAAGCUCCUGCAGCGGAGGAGGAGAAUGGAGAACAGGGAGCACCUGGGGAACAAAUAGCUCCUAAACCGGAGGCAGGAGAAAGAAGCGGGAGCUCUUGA